AUGCAAAAGGGAAAGACAUGGUUUAAACCUAUGUUUGAUUUUGAUAACAAUGAAAAAGACACCACAAAGAAAUUGAAGAGAGAAGUUAGGAAAGAGAGAAAAUCGUUUGAGAAGUCAUCUACACCACAUUGCAAAGAUAAGUUUGAGACACCAAUGAUUGAUCACAAAAAUUGGAUGAAAAAUUUUGAUCCAGUUAAAGUAGAGGACCUGGCUGUUCAUAGUAAAAAGAUCCAAGAAAUUGAACAAUGGUUACAUAAUUCCAGUAAGCAAUCUUAUGGUAUACUUCUUUUAAGUGGACCUGUAGGUUGUGGAAAAACUGCUACAGUACAAACCAUAGCAGCUAAACAUAAAAUCAAAAUAACUGAGUGGAUUACACCACUAGAUAUUGAAAUACCAACAGAUUAUGGUGAGAAUGAAUUUAAAGAGAAACAAUCAAAAAAAUUUGCUGACUUCAUAAUAAAUGCUGCUAAUUAUACAUCCUUAAUAGAUAAUAAUAGUAAUAAGUUGGUUUUAGUUGAGGAUUUCCCUAACAAUUUUUUGCGCACACCAUCAGAGUUCACAAAUGUUUUACAGGAAUAUAGCCAAAGAGCAAAAUCUCCCAUUGUAUUCAUAUGCUCCGAAAAUAAUUCUGAUAAUAAAAACACAGCAUUAAAUCUUUUUACACCAAGUUUCAAAGAGCAAUUUAAGAUUCAUCACAUUGUAUUCAACAGUAUCUCCACAACAGGCUUAAAGGCUGCUUUGAAGAGGGCAACUGACAUUAUAAGUAAAAAGUAUUCUGCAAUUUACAACAUUCCAUCUACAGACAUUAUAGAAUCUGUUGUUAAUACAUCAGCAGGAGAUGUUAGAUCUGCUAUAUUAAAUUUACAUUUUGCAAGUCUAAAAGGUAUAAAUCAUAGUUUAGAGACAAGUGUUAUUAAAGAAGCCAAAAUGAAAGGGAAAACAAAGAAAAAAAAAACUACAUAUAAAUUUAUGUCACUUGGUAAAGAUCAAACUGUGAGUAUUUUGCAUGGUGUUGGAAGAGUAUUAAACCCUAAGAUUUUAUUGGAAGAUGAUGGAAAGCAGAAAUUAACACAUGCUCCAGAAGAUACUGUAGAACAAUUUCUAAGUAAUCCAAGAACUUUCGUUAAUUUUCUUGAAGAGAACUACUUCCCACAUUUCUCAUGUACAAAUGAUGUUGAUAAAGCUGCAUCAGCACUGAGUUAUGCCGAUUACAUGCUUGCUGAAUGGAGGGAAAAGUAUUGUCAAGAGUAUGGAUUAUAUAUUGCAGUUGCAGGGUUGAUGCUGGCUAAUAAAACGCCAGUGUCUGCCUGGAAUCCCGUUAGAGGCCCAAAAAACAUGAAUGUUAAAUAUCCUUCAGUCCAAGAGUUGCCUCUUCUAAAUAAAAGUUACAUAUACAAAGGAAAAAUCCUUGCAACUGAUUAUAUCUCAUACUGUAAAAUAAUUGGGUCCAAGAGUUGCUGUGAAGAAUCAUUAAAUGAAGAUGAAUAUAUAGAA